AUGGAAAUCAACGACUUGCACGCUUUUCCAUUCGAUAAACGAAAUUGCACACUGAUUUUCUUCAACGAAGAUUCUCGAGCUCAGUGGUCUGGCGUUACAUCGAUAACUAUACCGAGAAUCGGAUGGGGUGUAUGGAAGGUAGUGGAAUGCGAACGACUCGGCAAAACAAUCAUUUUGAGUCUAAAGAGGUGA